ACAAAGGGAACAUCGUCGUUUGGUAAGCGACGAAAUAAGACACACACCUUGUGUCGUCGAUGUGGGUCCAAGGCAUACCAUCUGCAAAAAUCGACCUGUGGGAAAUGUGGUUACCCUGCUAAGCGUAAGAGAAAGUAUAACUGGAGUGCUAAGGCUAAAAGACGCAACACCACUGGUACUGGUCGCAUGAGGCACCUGAAGAAGGUCUACCGUCGAUUCAGGAAUGGAUUCCGUGAGGGAACCACACCGAAGCCCAAGAGAGCAGCUGUUGCAGCCUCCAGUUCAUCGUAAAGACUCAUCUGUUUGUUAAAAUAAAUGGUCUUACCCAGAAAAUCUUUGACCUUUUUUUACAUACUUGACUUCAGUAAAAUGCAGUAUUCCUGAAAAUAUAUAUACCCUUA